UUUGUUCUGUCCGGGUGUGUGGGUCUGUGACAGGGUCCAACGGGGCCUGGUCGGUGUUUGGCCCCCCAAAUCUCCCGUCCCUGCCCCCAGGCACUGGCGUCAACUUAAGUUAGAAUUUCCAGGAACUUGCACAAAGGCUUCCAAAGUCCCGAUAAUUGCUACUCUGGUCUUCUAGGACCUAACUCCAAAGAAGGAAGGAAAGAUUCCAGCAGGGUAUUUACCGGGAUCUAGAAGACUGGUCCUGGUUGCUACAAUUCCUCCUGCUAAUCGUGGUGCUUCCUCGUUCUCAUUCAAAACCGGCUUCCUGCUGAGUCUGCAGAUAGUGGACCAGAGACCCAGAGCUUCUGGCCCUACCCAUGGAAACUCAGGCUGAUUGCGUAUCUCAGGAACCUCAGGCCCUGCUUGAGAGUGCUCUUCCUUCCUCGACAGUUCCUGCAUUUUCCGACAAGGACAGCCUAGGGGAUGAGAUGUUGGCAGCUGCACUCCUAAAGGCCAAGUCCCAGGAGUUGGUAACGUUUGAGGAUGUAGCUGUGUACUUCAUCCGGAAGGAGUGGAAGCGUUUGGAGCCUGCUCAGAGGGACCUCUACAGGGAUGUGAUGCUGGAGAAUUAUGGGAAUGUGUUCUCGCUGGAUGGUGAGACCAGAACUGAGCAUGAUCAAGAAAUUUCCGAAGAUACCGGUUCACAUGGGGUGCUAUUGGGAAGAUUCCAAAAGGAUAUUUCUCAGGGUCUUAAAUUUGAAGAAGCUUAUGAACAAGAAGUCAGUCUCAAGAGGCAACUGGGGAACUCCUCUGGAGAAAGAUUGAAUAGGAAGAUACAAGAUUUUGGUCAAGUGACAGAUGAGGAAAAGCUAACCCCUGUGGGAGAGAGAAGUGAGAAAUACAGUGAUUUUGGGAACAGCUUCACUGUGAGUUCUAACCUUAUUUCGCAUCAGAGACUUCCUGUGGGAGACAGACCCCAUAAGUGUGAUGAAUGUAGCAAGAGCUUUAAUCGAACUUCAGACCUUAUUCAACAUCAGAGAAUCCACACUGGGGAGAAACCCUAUGAAUGUAGUGAGUGUGGGAAGGCCUUCAGUCAGAGCUCACAUCUUAUUCAGCAUCAGAGAAUCCACACUGGAGAGAAACCUUACGAAUGUAACGAUUGUGGGAAGACCUUCAGUUGUAGCUCUGCCCUCAUUCUACAUCGGAGGAUCCACACUGGGGAGAAGCCCUAUGAAUGUAGUGAAUGUGGGAAAACCUUCAGCUGGAGCUCCACCCUUACUCAUCAUCAGAGAAUCCACACUGGAGAGAAACCAUAUGCUUGUAAUGAAUGUGGGAAGGCCUUCAGCAGGAGCUCCACCCUUAUCCAUCACCAGAGAAUCCACACUGGAGAGAAGCCCUAUGAAUGUAACGAGUGUGGGAAGGCCUUCAGCCAGAGCUCCCACCUCUAUCAGCACCAGAGAAUCCACACUGGAGAGAAGCCCUAUGAAUGUAUGGAAUGUGGAGGAAAGUUUACUUACAGUUCAGGCCUUAUUCAGCAUCAAAGAAUCCACACGGGGGAGAAUCCCUAUGAAUGUAGUGAGUGUGGGAAGGCCUUUAGGUAUAGCUCAGCUCUUGUUCGCCACCAGAGAAUUCACACUGGAGAGAAGCCUUUGAAUGUAAUGGGAAUGAGCAAAAGUUCUCUCAGAGUCACUGCUGAAUUAAAUAUCAGAGAGUCUACAUGAGAGAGCGCCACACACCUGUUUUCCUCACUUCCUCUGCGUCUAAAGAGUUCCUGCCUUACUAUAUAAGUAUGAACAUCUUAGAAUGUGUCCCUUCCGACUCAAACCUUUCACUUUAGAAAACGGGGCAGAUUGGGGAAAUCAUGCUGGCACAUCCUCAUGGUGAGCCACCAGGUCAGUUUCCCCAGGAAUCACACCAGGAAGCAAGCGGCAGGUUAAGUGCUGGGAAUACGAGGGAAGCUCUGGGACCAGUCACCUUCCAUUUUGGAAGGGAGUUUGCACUAGACCAUUUCUCUCACACCAGAGGAGCCUUUCUUUCCAAGGUGGGGAAUGGAAGCACAGUAGGAAUAAAAUUCCAAGGAUUCCUCCGUUGGAGUCAGUAUACUCAGCACAGAAGGCAGUGGAAGGAAUGUUCUGAGUCCUGCUAUUUGCUAAGAAGGGCACAUGGAGGCUCUCUUUCAAAGCCACUGUUCCUAAUCCAGCUUUAAAUUUUGAUAAGGAAUGUGCUGUUUGUUGUUGUUGUCGUUGUUCCAUGACUUCAUUAAUUAUGGAAAUUUGGGGCUGAGGGAUUAGUUAUUUUAUUGGGGGGACCCCACGAGGUUUUCUGUGCUAUCUGUAUUUUGGGGGGCUCUUGGAGCCGCAAGCCCGUUUCCAAGAGCAGUGAGGCAAUUUUGUUGGAGCACUCCUUGUCUUUCCCUGUUGUGAUAGGUCUGAUUGGGAAAUUCAUCUGAUAAUCAGUAAGGCUCACAGGGAGAGGAUCAAAAGCAUUUAGCAUUGGCCUGCUUCCCGUCCUCCUCUCUCCCUGUUCCUCUCCCCACUCCUGCGUUGAAAAGUGAUUUAAUCCAAACCCCCAGUUGCUAAGAAUAGAAUGCUUUUAAGGAGCUUGCUCAGCCAGCUUGCCCUGCCCUCUGACACCUACGACCUAUGCCCUCUGGCCCCAGCAGCUGGACCUCUCAUGACCUCACCUCUGACUUCAGCAGCCAAGUGUGAAUGCAAAGAAAGAGCAAAGCCCAGAGGAGGGAGUCUCUGGCCUGACGCGGCUGCUGGGCUCCUUGCUGGGUUAGGAUGGAGCUCGAGUUUUCCCAGCUGAAGGGAUGAUCUUUUGUUAUCUUUUUCCAAUCCUGCUCAUCCUGUAGCAUAAAUGAAGUGCACUAUUAAACAGAAUAGUUUUUUUAGAAGAAGAGAUUGAAUGUGUUUUUGUGCAGGAGCCAAAUUUAUUUCAGUUAAAAUAGGAAACCGUGACUAUAACUGGAAUCCUUAAAAUUUAAUCUUUUAGAUUUUUUUUUUACAGACAACUGUUUUUCUUUCACACACAUAUGACCUCUCGCUGUCAAGACUCUGUCGCAUUCCUCUAGAUACUGCCACAGACUCUCAGUCAUGUACACGUUGGAUUUCGUGUGUGGCAUAUCAUUCUGUGUGGUACGAUACUUAAGACCAGCAACCCAAACUAGAAAGGUGUUCCUGGGUGUAGGGGCCCUGACAAGCGAGUACUUGGGUUUUGGGUCGCAGUGGGCAUAUGUAGAUUUCUUGUUCGGGCCCUUGAUGGGAGGAGGUUCCAGUCAUGGAGAAGGUGGAGAUGAAAGUCUUACGGAGAAGAUGGGGAAAUGUCUGGAACUGGCCUCUGGAAAAUCUUAGAGCAUAUAUUGUGAUUGACCACCUAAUAUGUUUUUGAUUUCUUAAAGUUAUAAUGAAACAUU